UGUGACAGAGUAUUUCAGAACACAGGCUAGCAUUUAGUCAUUGUGCAUGGAAGCUGCACUCAAACUUGUCUGUUGAAGUCCGCUCGAACUUUUUGACAACAGGAGUACAUUAUUUUUUUUCUCCCCUAAAGAUCCGAGGACCACCAGUAACCUACAUUUUUAUACUCGCAGACACUGUGCGUCGUGACCACAGGAUACUUUUACGCACAGUUGGCUAAACUCACAAGGACGAUGCCUCGGUCUUUCUUGGUCAAAAAGUACUUCGCUAAACAAAAGCCAAACUACAGUGAACUUGAAUGUCAGAAUGACACCUCACUGGAGAGGUUCCCUCUUGCUGAGCUCCAGUCAGGAUAUAACUCUGCCACCUGCUUCACAACAGGUCUGGUGUGGGAUCUGAGUGUCCUGCCUACCCUCUACUUGCCCACUUCCCAAACAGACCCAGCUACCGCUCCGGGCCCCCUGGACCUCAGCUCCCCAUCCAGCCUCAGCAGCAGUGCCAGCAGUUGUGGAGAGGAGGAUGAAGGACGCACAUCAGACCCCCCUAGUCCUGAACCCGUACACACAUAUGCCCCUCGCCAGCGGAUGAAAUGCACCGGGGUUAUGGCUCAUAUUAGCCCCCCUGAGGAAGAAGAAGAGAGAGAGACCCCAGUCACUGCAGCGAGGCCAGCCUUCCUCUGCAAACACUGCCCAAAAGAGUACACCAGCCUCGGGGCUCUGAAGAUGCACAUCCGCUCACACACCCUCCCCUGUGUGUGUACCACCUGUGGAAAGGCUUUUUCUCGGCCUUGGCUGCUGCGUGGCCACAUCCGCACACACACAGGUGAGCGCCCAUUCUCUUGCCCUCACUGCAACCGGGCCUUCGCUGAUCGCUCCAACCUGCGGGCCCAUUUGCAGACACAUGCCGAGGUGAAGAAGUACCAGUGUGGCAUCUGCUCACGCACCUUCAGCCGCAUGUCGUUGCUACAGAAGCACAGCUCUUCAGGGUGCUGCUCCACCACGGUGUGAAACACCACAGGAACGGACAAAGGGUAUCCACUCAAAGCUCAGGGCGGUGGUGGGCUAGUGGCCCAGGAGAUGGUGCCUACAAAAGCCCAGCUGGCCUGAAGAUGAUCUGUAAGGCCACAAAGAGCAAAUGGCUCUUUUUUAAGAGACCUGGAAGGAAUCAAGCCUUAUUAUUGGAUCUGAAUUUACAAGCCUUUUAGCGUCUCUGCUUUGUGAUACAGCAACUGAGGAGCAGAAUUCAUUCUUCCUAUCUAGAUAGAGGUCAUGAGGCUGGACCAAAGCUGAACAGAGCAAUGCAAACACUCACUUGAUAUCAGCCCCUUUGCUGCCAUUGUGCCCAUUCCAAAGAAAAAAUAUGUAGUGACCUCAUAGGGGUAAGAGGUGUGCUUUCCUGUCUCCGUCCUGGUGCCGGCUAGCUCAGGAUCAUGGCCUAGACACAGCUGCUGAGAGGUAGGGGUGCGUGGGUGGAAUAAAUCUCUCAGCAUGCCUUAAAACACACACACACACACACACACACACACACACACACACACACACACACACACACACACACACUCAGUCACACACACGCACAAAAGCAAAUGCACACACAGCUGUCCCUGGUACUGUGGUGUAGAUAGACGAGGUGCUAACAGGUGCUACAGCCAUGACCUUCGCUGGUUGAUAGCAGGUGACUUCCACUGCCCUUGGUUUGCUUAAGAAAAAAGAGGAAGCAUGUCAUUACAAAACAAUGGCAUCAGUUAGUCUUUCUGACCGGUGGGGAUUGUUUUAAGCCUUUAUUUUGACUACAUCCAAACCUUGUCUUUAAUCUGAUGGUUUCAGAGAUAGGACAGGACCUUCUAUCAGUUGUUAUCCAAAGAAGCUUCACUUUGCAGCACCACUCUUAUGUGGGUGACGAUGCAAGCCAUGCACUCCGAGUUACCAGUGUUAAUUAUAACAGCCAAAGCCAUAUUUUGUAACUUAAAUGAAUGUGUGCCUUGAAAUUGUAUUACUUUUGAAACCAAAUGUGCCUUUUUACCUCAGUAUUUGCUCAUUUAAAGUCAGCAUUCAAAGCAGUAUUAAAGAUUUGUGCCAAACAGUUUGAAUUGUAAUAAGGCUGGGACCAAAAACUGUUAAGAGUUUACAUUAUGGAGAAAAGGUUGUGUAAAUGUGAUCAGAACGUUGUAAAUGGACAAUCCAAAGAUGAGUUUUUAACUUUCCUAAACAUUUUAUGGCAGUUUUUAUAGUGCAAUGUGCCAAUGAUGUGUUAUUUUAAUUUUGUACAAUGCUUGUGUGUUCACUCCUUUUCAGUUUUCCUGUAUGUUGUAACUGAUGCAUUUUUUCAGACAAUAAAGUAAUUUAUGUUUAUUAAAA